AUGCUCUCUGCAGCACCGAAAUUCAAUGGCCCGCGUCCGUUACUUAGGCUCUCCGGCCACACAGUCCCCACAGUGGAUGUCUUUAUAACGUGCUGUGGAGAGGAUCCUACCAUAGUGCAAGACACGAUAGCAGCCGCAUGUGCAUUGGACUAUCCUGCAGAUCGGUACAAUGUCUACGUUCUAGAUGAUAAAGCUUCCGCAGAGGUGAAAACAUUGGUGGAGAUCUUGCAGAAACGAUUCAAACGCCUGUAUUACGCCAGUCGGGGUUUGGCUUUACGCACGCAUUCGAAGGCCGGGAAUUUAAACUUUGGUCUUUCCCAAACUCGACGCCACGGCGCAUCCGAGUUCGUGGCAGUCCUUGACGUUGACAUGAUUCCGGAGCCGCACUGGUUACGUGCGCUCCUGCCACAUCUACUCCAGGACGACCGAGCUGCGAUGGCAAAUCCGCCGCAGAUAUACUACAAUGCUCCGCGGAGAGACUACUUGGGCGUGCAACUUGGGCCAAAAUUUUUAUUCAAUAUCUUUUUGCCACUUGAGGAUUCACACAACGGCGUCGUUUGCACUGGCACGGGAUUCGUGGUUCGCCGCGCUCCCCUUGACGAUAUUGGAGGUUUCCCCACGGAGUCCAUCCAGGAGGACGUUUAUACAUCUAUGCUGCUCACCUCAUGCGGCUGGAAGGUGCUUUAUGUGCCUGAGAGGCUACAGUGGGGUAUUGUACCACAUACAUUCCAGGGCACCAUUCGGCAACGCCAGCGUAUCCUGAAAGGAGUAUGGUCUCUGUGGCAGUGCCUACGAGACGACAAGGGCAAAGCCGUCAGCAUUGAACAACAAAAUGCACUACCGCUGCAAACCAUUAUAUUGACUGCCACGGCGAUCCUUACAACUGUAGCCAUGUGCGCUUUGCCUUUGACUUUGCUGUCUCAAAAACCAUUGAUUCCGCUCCAGCAUCCGCUCCAGAUGACUCGGAUGUUUUACCUCGCCCUGUGUGACUUUGUGGCACAGCUCGUGUAUGGCUUGCUGGAGGUGUCGAUGUCGCAUCGACAGACAUAUCUCCGAAGCGACCUCUCAGAGCUCUGGAUGAUGCCGUACCAAUGCAUCACGCUAUUCACCAUGUUCAUACGUCGUCAGGAUGAGUGCUUCCUACCAAGUGGCCUUGCCACCCACAGUGAUUCCCCUUUAUAUCAAAAUAAGCGGACUUCACUCCGGCGAAGGUUGAAUUUUGUUUUCACGGAGUGCCACGCCGCCGGUCACUUGAUCGUCCUCACCCUCACAGUGGUCGGUGUCGGCCGUCUGCUUUGCAAUCCGCAAAUCUGGUACGGAGCCGUCACAGGUUCAAUCGGACGACAGGCUCUGUUAACCCAUGCCGCAUGGCCGCCCUUGCUCAUGUUGUGGACAGCAAUCGUGGCGAACGCUUGGACUCCAAUCGCUCACGCAGUUGCUCCUCUAGAGACCUUCCAGCGCAGAUCGCUUCUGGACAAGAAUAAUGCGUCUGGGGUAUUGCUACCUUCUGCUGAAGCAAGGGAAAACGAAUCGCGACCUGUGGUGGAAUGGCAUAUGCUCAUCGUCGUCGUAUCCUGGCUAGCAGCCUGGUAUCUUCUGUGA